AUGCCCUCGUACCCUUUCGAAAACCCGCGCCCCGUGGUCCUCGGGCUCGCCAUCGUCGGCAUCCUCUGGAUCCUCCUCGCACCGGGCAACGGCGGCGCGUCUCUCUUCUCCGCCUCCGACCUCGCAGUCCAACGUCUAGAGAGGCACCGACAUGCGCUCGACCUGCUCAACACCUCCAAAUGGGGCGACUUCGCCCCGCGCCAGAACGGAUCGUCCACCGGCCCGCUGCCCAGGUCUCUCAACCUCACGGGCUUCCGCGCCCAAGACGGGUUCGCGUGGGACGACCUCGAGCGGUUCCGGGAGCGGUGCCUGGAGUGGAGCCACAACGCAAUCCCGCCCGUCGGGGGCGUGAACCUGUGGGACAUUGGCGAGGGCGAGGCCGUCUGGCAGAACGCCACGGGCGCCGUCAAGGGGACGUGGGUGCGCAAGGAGGCCAUGUUUAAGAGGGAAUGGACGAGCUACAACCUGAGCACCAUCACGCCGAGCUUGCAUUGGAGUGGCUUGCAGUCGGAAUGGGCAAGGAACAUCACCGGCGACGAGGGCAAGAUCCUGAUGGACCUCGUCGAUACGGGGAGGCACGGAAGAGAGAUAGCAUAUCAGGGCGUCGUCGAUGACGGCGUCGCCUCAUCCGGCGGCAAGGUCCGCAGCGCCAAGGCCUCCGUCACCAUAGAAGACGUCAAGGGCAGCGGCGUCAACUGGGAGAUGCGGCUGCACGGCGUUCAGUGGCCGCGCCAAGGUGCCAUUCUGCUGACCACGACGAGCGAGAAGUUUGACGGCAUCUUUGGUCUCCCGCACCUCACUCCGAGCUCCGACUUCUUCCAGUCGAGCCAGCGGCUCCUCAAUGCGACGCUUGCCGAGGUCCUGCGGCGGAAGGAGAAGGAGGUGUUCAACGACGGCGUGAUGCCGUGGACGUCGGAUCUGACCAACCCGCCAGACACCCUAAACCCGGCGCCGCACUGUGAAUACAUCAUGUAUGCCCAGGUGCACCCCCCGGACAGGAGCUACUUAAACAUGAAGGGCUUCCGCCCGACCAGAGAGGGCAUGGAAAAAAUCAUCAGCGACAUUGAGCAGGAGCUCCGGUUUCCAGAGGGCGCGCCCAUCCGUGGGGUUCCAGAGCUACAGCUCUCCGCCAUCAUCUGGUCGCCCGACUGCGCUUUCUUCCUCGAGACAAAGGGGCCCCCGGACUUCGCUCCUAUGGACGGGCAACAUCUGCGGGGCAUGAAGACGGAGAUCAUCUACCACAAGAUAAGAAUAUGGAUCCUCCUCUUCGCCGUGGUGAUCCUCAGCCAGGCGCUGCUGCUCAAGCAGCAGAUGAAGGAGUCUGCGACGCCGUCGACCAUGGGUCGCAUCAGCUACUCGACGAUCAGCAUGAUGGUCAUGGUCGACGGCGGCAUCUUCGCCGCCGCCUCCAUGUGGGCGCUGGACGCCAGUAUUACGUAUCUGGAGUCCCUGUCGCUCCUCUUCGCCGCCUUCCUGUCCAUGUCUCUGGGCGGCUUUUUCCUGGCGGAGAUCCACAAAGUGCAGGAACCCGAGAACAGGCGGCGGGCCGAGAGAGAGCAGCACGCCAGCAACGAUACGUCGGCGCGCACGCCGGCCACGCCAGCGGCGACCGCAGAGCCCGACUCCCUCCCGCAGCCUGUCACCGCCGGGGCCCGCAGGAGAGCGCCGUCACCCCCUGUCAUCGUCCCCUCUGACCAGGACAUGGACGCCGAGAUAGCGGACGCCGCGAGCGGCGCUGCGGCGGUCCUGACAGCGGGUACCGGGGCAGGCGGCGGCCACCGCAUGGGGCCCGAGGUCACUUUCCAAGCGGUCAUCUUCCGCUUCGCCAUGAUCGUCUCCCUUGUCCUCCUCGUGUCGAUCGCGUCGACGUCGUGGUACCCGCGGGUGCGCAACUUGUUCGUCAACAGCGUGGCCAUGGUGUACUUCUCGUUCUGGGUGCCCCAGAUCCACCGCAACAUCCUGCGGAACUGCCGCCGCGCGCUGACGUGGCAGUUUAUGAUCGGGCAGUCGGUGCUGCGGCUGCUCCCGUUCGCCUACUUUUACGUGUACGAGAACAACUUUCUCUUCGCCGAGACGGACCGCCGGGCGUUCCUCGUCUUCUGCGCCUGGCUCUGGAUCCAGCUCUGGGUCCUGGCGUUCCAGUACGUCCUCGGGCCGCGGUUCGGCAUCCCCAAGAGCUGGACGCCCGACGCGUGGGAUUACCACCCCGUCCUGCGCGAGGACGGCGUCGAGGCCGGCGGGCUGCCGAUCGGGCUGCUGUCGGAGCCCGGCUCGCCGUCACUCGACCGGGUCCGAUCCGGCGAGGACAGGAAGAGCGGCAGCAACCUGCGGGCGAUCGACUGCGCCAUCUGCCGCGAGGUGCUCGAGGUACCCGUCAUGCGGGCCGGCGAGGAAGACCCAGCCGCGGGCGGUGUCGUGGGCGUCUUUACGCGAAGGAACUACAUGGUCACGCCGUGCCGGCACAUCUUCCACAGCGCCUGCCUGGAGGGGUGGAUGCGUUUCAGGCUGCAGUGCCCCAUUUGCCGGGAGGAAUUGCCUCCUUUGUAG